AUGUUAAAGAAGUUCAUUGUUCGAAAAUGGGAGGUGCCUCAUGACUCUAUAAAAGAUGAAGAAUCUGAGAAAAAAGUAUCGGCUUCCACGGUUUCAGCCAUGGAUAUCGAUACAAAAAUCAAAGCUUACCGCUUCGUAGCUUACUCUGCAGUGGUUUUCUCCGUCAUCGCUGUACUUUCCGUAUGUAUCACACUUCCAAUCGUGUAUAACUACGUUCAUACCGUACGUAGACAGCUUCACAAUGAAGCCGUCUUGUGCAAGGGACAAACCCAAGAUGUAUGGGCUGAUGUAUACAAACUAAAACAAUACGCCAAUCAUUCUAACCGUACCGCCCGUCAAGCCGGUUAUGGUGGAGAACCAGAAGUAUACAGACCUUCUGCUGGAUACGGAGAUUCUUCCUCCUAUGGACCAUCUUCAGGAUCCUACGCCCCAGCUGGGCAAGGAGCCUACGGAGAUGCCGCUCAAGGACAAGGCCCAGUCGCUUACAACUCACCUGAACCACAAUUCGAGACCGGUUGCGAGGGUUGCUGUCAACCAGGACCUGCUGGUCCUCCAGGACCUGCUGGUAAACCAGGAAGACCAGGAAGACCAGGAGCUCCAGGAAUGCCAGGAAAUCCAGGAAAGCCACCAAGCAAACCAUGUGAUGUUGUUACUCCACCACCAUGCAAGCCUUGCCCACAAGGACCACCAGGACCACCUGGUCCACCAGGACUUCCAGGAGAUAAUGGAGCUCCAGGUGACGCCGGAGAGCCAGGACAAGACGCUGACUCCGGAGAGCCAGGACCAAGAGGACCUCCAGGACCACCAGGAAAGCCCGGACAACCAGGAGAGCCAGGAGAACCAGGUCUCCCUGCUGAAUGUGAGCCAGUUACCCCAGGAGAGCCAGGACCAGACGGUGAAAAAGGACCACAAGGACCACCAGGAACCCCAGGACAACCAGGAAACGAUGGAGCUCCAGGCUUGCAAGGACCAAAGGGAACUCCAGGACCUGACGGACAACCAGGAGCUGAUGGAAAUCCUGGCCAACCAGGACCAGUUGGACCACCAGGAACCCCAGGAGAGAGAGGAAUCUGUCCAAAAUACUGUGCCAUUGACGGAGGAAUUUUCUUCGAAGACGGAACUCGCCGUUAA